CACCAAACUACAAGAUCGCCACUAAAAUGUCUAUGAACGAAUCUGACUGUACCGUCCUACGGGAUGGCUUCCCUAGACCCUUUCCCAACACCCCUACCAAUGUCUUGGAGCAAUUCAAGAUGACUGGCAAGGUUGUUGUCGUAACUGGUGGCGCUGACGGUAUUGGCUAUGCUGUUGCGGAGGGAAUGGCCGAGGCCAACGCUCAUGUCGUGUUAUGGUACAACUCGAAUGAUGUAGCUAUCCAGAAAGCCCAGGAUCUCGGGACAAAACACAAUAUCAAAACUGCUGCUUACAAAGUCGACGUAUCCGACGCUGACUCUGUGCAAAAAUCAGUAAAGCAAGUCGUAGAGGACUUUGGCAGCAUAGACGUUUUCGUUGCUAAUGCGGGAAUGGCUAUCAGCAAGCCAAUCCUGGAACAGACUCUCCCCGAAUUCGACAAACAAAUGUCCGUGAACGUCAAUGGCGUUGUCUACUGCUCCAAACACGUCGGCGAAGUCUUCAAGCGCCAAGGCAGCGGUGUUCUCAUCAUCACCUCUAGUAUGAGCGCACACAUCGUCAACGUCCCUGUUGACCAGCCUAUCUACAAUGGCACUAAAGCAUUCGUGACGCAUUUUGGCAAGUCUUUAGCUCGCGAGUGGAGAGAAUUCGCCCGCGUCAACAUUGUUUCGCCCGGUUUCUUCGAUACCAAGAUGGGAGCCGGUCCACUGGCACUCAACGAAGCUUAUCGUAUGUCGGUGCUCGGCAGACAGGGCCAUGUGAAGGAAAUCAAGGGCUUGUAUCUGUACUUGGCCAGUGACGCUUCCACUUAUACCACUGGAUCAGACAUUAUCAUUGACGGUGGUUAUGUACUUCCUUAGUGUUCAGGAAUGCUGAGAUACAAACUUCCCAACUUGUUAUCCUUCAAAAGUAUCUUGGGGAAACCAAUCGCUGAACAGGGUGUCCAUAGGUGUAUUAUCGAGGUAGCCCCAUGGAGUAUUAUCCAGAAUCAUCCUCAUCGUAGGAUCUGAUCCAUCAUCGUUCAGUGUCCAGGCGCCCAUCGACAGAUCCCCAUCACCAAGAGUC